AUGGUAGCGGAGGACUAUAUGUUGGAGGAGGUCUCUGAAGACGGUGCCGGCAGAGCAGCUUCCUUCAAUCCAAAGCCAGAGUUUGAGGUGAGUUUGGCAGAUUAUGACGAAUGGUGUCGUCCAUGGAAGCUUUCUCUUAUUGUCAAAGUAUUCGGUAAGAAUAUUGGAUUUCGAUCUAUGGACUCGUGGGUUCACCGUUUUUGGUCUAAGAACGGGGAUGUGAAGGUAAUUGAUCUGACUGGAGAGUUCUUCCUGGUGCGCUUUGACAACGAAGGUGACUAUAAACAAGCGCUCUUUGAAGGGUCGUGGCAGGUGGCAGGGCACUACUUGUUAGUACAAAGAUGGAGGCCGUUGUUUCAACCGUCAGAGGAUGCGAUGCAAAAAUUAGCGGUAUGGGUAAGAAUUCCGGAGCUGUCGGUUGAACUCUACACCUAUCACUUCCUAUGGCGGGCAGGUGGAAAGAUCGGAACAAUGUUGAAAAUUGAUCAAACUACUUCUAUACACUCUAGGGGAAAGUUUGCCCGCUUAUGUGUGGAGGUGGAUCUGCAAAACCAGCUUGUCCCAGCUAUAAAAGUUCUCGGAAAGGAGUUUAAGGUAGAGUAUGAAGGUCUCCAUCUUAUCUGCUUUGGUUGUGGUAAGUAUGGGCAUAGAAUUGAUGGUUGCCCAGAAAGUAGGCGACCGGAGAAGGAGAGCAGAGAAGCUACAAUGGAGGGUAGUAAGGUCCUCGGGGAUCCUCGAGAUGCAACAAUGGCGAUUAUUUUGGACAAGUCGAAUUUAAUUGUUCCUUAUCCAUCUCAACUGUCACCUAAUGUGUUGGAACAAAAUCCUGUGGCUCAGGGGAUUUCAAAUUUGAUGGCAAGAGCUGAUUCUUCAGGAGUGUUUGGGCCGUGGAUGUUGGCUAAGAAACCCCAGCGCAGAUUUAAUCGAAGCAACAGUAAUGUUAGGACCUCAAUCCAGACAGGUAACCCAAUUGGGUCAGGUUCACGUUUUCAAUCUUUGGAAUAUGUAGAACAAGAGGAGUCCAAUAUGGAAGCACAUGUUCAUAAAGAAGGUUUUCUAUCAAAUAAGCACUCAGUACAAGCGGAAAAGACUAAGAAGCUAGAGCUGCCCAAACAAACCUCCUCCUCUAAGAGCAGGCUAGCUGGGCCGAAAAGUACUUCUAAAACCCAAGAAGGGAGGAGUUCUCGUGAGAAGGAGGGUGGAGCAAAGAGUACUGAGGAAUCAUUGGUAAAAGGAAAAGAGGUAGUGGAUGGGGUCUCUAAAGUUAACUUGGAGCGAAAAGAUACAGAGUACUGA